AAUCCUUGAUAACCCUCAUGCUUUGCAUGCUCAAUUUCCAUAUGAUAAUUCGAACGCUAGAUGCUACAUCCGAUGAAAUAUCUUUAGAGACGUACAUCAUACACGUUGAUCACGAAGCCAAGCCAGAAGAUUUGGACAACUUGUACAAAUCACUCCUAUCAACAACAACAACAACAGACGAUCACCGGAGACGGUUGACCUACUCAUAUCGGAACGUCUUCCGAGGCUUCGCCGCCAGGCUAUCACCGGAUGAAGUGAAAGCGAUGGAGACGAAGCCAGGGUUCGUCUCCGCGCGCCUACAAAGAAAAAUAUCCCUCCACACAACCCACUCCCCCAACUUCCUCGGGCUAAACCGAAACACCGGAUUCUGGCAAAGCUCUGGCUACGGCCGGGGCAUCAUCAUCGGAGUCCUGGACUCCGGGAUCCUCCCCGAGCACCCUUCGUUCAGCGACGAAGGGAUGCCUCCCCCGCCGGCUAAAUGGAAGGGGAGGUGCGAGUUCAACCACACCUCGUGCAACAACAAGAUCGUCGGAGCAAGAGUCUUCACGAGUACCUCUGGCGACACCCCUUUAGACGAAGACGGCCACGGCACUCACACGGCCAGCACCGCUGCCGGGAGAUUCGUGGGAGGGGCUAAUGUGUUCGGCAACGCAAAUGGGACGGCGGUGGGGAUUGCGCCGAUGGCUCACCUUGCUGUAUACAAAGUGUGUGGGGAAUUCUGCUUUGAGAGCGAUGUGCUUGCUGCCAUGGAUGCUGCUGUUGAUGAUGGUGUUGACAUUCUUUCCCUUUCACUUGGUACACUCUCUAUCAAUCUCCAUGAUGAUCCCAUUUCCCUUGGAGCUUACUCUGCCACGGAGCAGGGGAUUUUGGUCAGCUGCUCCGCCGGCAACAACGGACCUUCCAACUUCUCCUUAUCAAAUGAAGCACCGUGGAUUCUCACUGUCGGCGCCAGCACCAUCGACCGGAAGAUACGAGCAACCGUUGCGUUGGGAAACAACGCAACAUUCGACGGUGAGUCGGCUUUCCAGCCUGCUGAUUUCCCGGCGAAACAGCUGCCGCUGGUGUACGCCGCCGCCCUCAACGCCACCGACUCCCGAAUCCAGUUCUGCGGCGAGGCCUCUCUCAACAAAACCGACAUACUAGGAAAGGUCGUCGUCUGCGAGGUCGGAGGUUCGAUAACAAGGAUCGACAAGGGGAUCGCCGUCAAGAACGGCGGCGGCGCCGCCAUGAUCCUCGUAAACCCCGCCGCUUACGGCAACCUCACCCUCGCGGACGCCCACGUGCUCCCCGCGGCGCAUGUGAGCUACGCGGACGGGCUGAGGAUCAAAACAUACAUCAAUGCGACCGCGGCCCCCACGGCCACGGUCGCGUUCGGAGGAACCGUCAUCGGCGACAGCCGGGCCCCGGUCGUCGCCGCGUUCUCGUCCCGGGGCCCGAACUACGCGAGCCGCGGGAUACUGAAGCCCGACAUCCUAGGUCCCGGAGUCAACAUCCUGGCGGCGUGGAUAACACCGUCCAAGCCGUUCAACAUGAUCUCCGGGACCUCGAUGUCGUGCCCGCACCUCAGCGGCGUGGCAGCGCUGCUGAGGAGCACGCACCCGGAUUGGUCCCCGGCGGCAGUCAAGUCCGCGAUCAUGACCACGGCCGAUGUGGUCAACCUCGCCAAGAAUCCGAUCGAGGACGAGAGGUUCCUUCCGGCCUCGGUGUUUGCUACCGGGUCGGGCCAUGUAAACCCGUCCCGGGCAGCGGAUCCAGGGCUCGUUUACGACAUCCAACCAGAGGACUACAUUCCUUAUCUGUGCGGUCUGAACUACACAAACAGACAAGUUGGGGUGAUUCUACAGAGAAAGGUGAACUGCUCUAUGGAGGGAAGUAUACGAGAAGGGGACUUAAACUACCCUUCAUUCGCCGUUACUUUUAGCAGUUUGGCGUCGGCGGCAGCUUCUCAGACGUACACGAGGACGGUGACAAACGUCGGAGAGAAGACCUCAUCUUACGCUGUUGAGAUUGCGGCACCAGCUGGGAUUCAGGUGAGUGUGGAGCCGACGAAGCUCGAUUUCUCCGAGGUUAAUCAGAAGCUGCAAUAUAAUGUGACAUUCAGCAGAUUGAACAUGACUCUGUUUGGAUAUGUCCAAGGCUACCUGAAGUGGGAUUCUUCCAAGCACUCUGUGAGGAGUCCUAUUGCCGGAAUACUGCGGUGAAUGGAGAUUCCGGCAACUUUCUAUGUAUAGUGUGUUGCUAUUCUUUGCAAUUUCAGAAACAAAUCGAUAUGUAAUAACAUCAUAAAAACAAAGUACUUAAGAA